UGCCUACUUCCCAGUUGUUAACUUUUGUUAAGUCUCAAAAUUGAACAACACCCCUACUCCAAAAUUGUGUGUCCCCAUCUUCUCUCUUAGGAAUCCCCCCUUUUCUCAUUCACACUCAUACUCUGCAUCUCUCCUUCUGUAGGCAGAGGAAAGGAAACGGGGGGCAGUGGGUGACGCCGGACGCCGGCCGCCGAGGGGUGCCAAUGGAAUCCAAUGAGCAGGGUGGCGCGGGGCAAGGAGCAGGAAACACGGACUUCCAUCUCCCCGACGAGAUCCUGUCCGUCAUACCCACUGACCCGUACGACCAGCUUGAUCUCGCCCGCAAGAUAACCUCCAUGGCUAUCGCUUCCAGGGUCUCCUCCCUCGAGUCCGAUGCCGGCCGCCUCCGUCAGAAGCUUCUCGACAAGGACCGCCUCAUCUACGACCUCCAGGAGCGCGUUUCCGCCCUCACCCAUGCCUGCCAGGAAGCUGAUUCCAGGUGCAAGGCUGCUCUUGAUGAAAAUAUGAAGCUUUCGAAGGAGAGAGACCAAUUAGCAGCAACAGUGAAAAAGCUGAGUCGAGAUUUUGCAAAGUUGGAGUCAUUUAAGAAACAACUGAUGCAGUCAUUGACUGAUGACAGUCCAUCUCAAGCCGAGACCAUAGAUAUUGGAACCUGUGACCAGUCAGUUCCAAAGGCAUAUCCUGAUAAGGAUGAUGUUGCAAGUGGCUAUACAGUAUAUCAUUCAUAUGGUGGUCCUGCAGAUGUUGGUAAAACAAGGGAUGAAGCUUCCAGGUAUUCUGGUCAAAGGUUUUCUUUGACCCCAUAUAUCACACCACGCCUUACUCCAACUGGAACUCCAAAGGUGAUCUCAACAACUGAAUCUCCUAGAGGUUAUUCUGCUGCUGGUUCACCCAAGAAAACCUCUGGUACUAUUUCUCCUACAAAACUUCCUUAUGAAGCACGAUCAUCUCUCUCUGCGUGGUAUUCAUCUAGUCAGCAGUCAUCAGCAGCAAACUCUCCACCUCGGGGUCGAUCUGUUCCAGGUCGUACCCCGAAGAUAGAUGGAAAGGAUUUUUUUCGUCAAGCUAGGAGUCGUCUUUCAUAUGAGCAGUUUAGUGCAUUUCUUGCUAACAUAAAGGAAUUAAAUGCUCAGAAGCAAACACGAGAGGAAACUUUAAGAAAAGCUGAUGAGAUAUUCGGGGCAGACAACAAAGAUCUUUACCUAUCUUUUCAAGGACUUCUUAAUCGGAAUGUACGUUAGUUGAUACUGAAAGCAACUUGGCCAGGAAUCAUUUAAACUGAUUUCGAGCUUGGAACAUAUGACUGGCGUCGGAAGUGACUCUAUUUGGGUUCCUAGUUGUUCUGCGUCCACUGUAGGAUUAUAAUGUUUUCACCUUCAUUGAUGAUUACUUAUGCUGUAGUUGGUUAUAUUAUUGCAGAGUUGGUUUAAUACUUGCUAAUA